AUGCACAGAUCUGCUAGGCCUAAAAUUUUACGGGUUAUGUCAUGGCUGAACCUAAAGAAACAAAAACAAAGCCCAUUGUUUACCUACAGCGUUCAGAAACAUUCAGUGCUUGUCACCGAUUGCACAGUCCAUAUUUAACAGACCAUGAGAACUCUUCUGUUUUUGGGAAAUGCAACAAUCCCCAUGGCCAUGGCCACAAUUAUAAAGUUGAAGUAACUCUCAGAGGUCCAGUUGAUCCUGUGACUGGAAUGGUAUUAAAUGUUGUUGACCUGAAAAAAUAUAUUGAGGAAGCAAUAAUGAGUAUACUUGAUCACAAAAAUAUAGACAAGGAGGUGCCAUUUUUCAAAGACCAUGUCAGUUCCUUGGAGAAUAUUGCAGUGUUUAUCUGGCAGGGUAUGAAGGAAAAGGUUGGAGAACUGCUAUAUGAAAUCAGAGUCCAUGAAACUGAGAAAAACGUUGGCUGGUACAGAGGAGAGAAUGAGUAGCUGUCAGAAAAAUUUAUUCUUUUAUUUUCUCAGGUUAUUGCAUACAGCUUUGUAUAAAUUAGCAUACAACAACUAUCAAAUGAAUGCACAUUUAGCAACAUAAGAUUAUAAGAUUCAAUUUUUCUUGUACAUUCCUUUCCUAUGCAUUUACAAGUUGUUUGUAAGGAAAUAAACAAAGUAGGAACUUAGGGGGAAAAACUAGUUAAGCUGAUUUUCAGAGGCUAUGUGAAUCACAUUGUGAUCUUGAUGUGAAUGUGUGUAUAAAAUUGAUUACAAGUGGUAAGUAUGAAAAUAAAUGUCAUGGCACCUUGCUUAUACAGAGCCAUGCCCCUAACACUUUUAUAGACUUUUUUUCUUGUAUCUUUCACUUUUAGUAUUUAACAUUUGUCUGUGAUUCAUUUUACAAUGUAGUUAAUAAAAAUUUUUUUUCUUACACUGCUUUUCUAAUUUAUUUUGUCUUGUAAUACAUUUCCAUUCAUACACAAACCAUUGAUUAAAAUCCACC